GUGGCAGCAUCCUCAGCAGUGGCGGCACCUCAGGAUGGACGCUAGGGACUGUGAGGCUGCAUCCCAGGACUCAGGGCCCCCUCCCUGUUCCCCUGUGACCUCCUGGUGGGCUAUGGUCCUGAGGAACCUGAGGCUUUUCCCAUGCUUCUGCUCAGCACUUGGGAGUAAAAUAGCUGCCGAAUACAGAAGCUUCACCAGUAAAUCUUUAAAGGAACACAUUUUCCCUCCUCUGAUGAAUAUGCUGACAUAUUUAAAUUGUAUUACAGCUCCCCUUUUCGUGGAUUUAAAGCGACCAGAGACAAAGAUUGCUCACACAGUGAACUUCUUCCUCAGGCCUGAGCCCAAGGUUCUGCUUGGCAUCUGGCACACAGUCCCCAGCUGCCGGGGAGAAGAGGCCAAGGGGAAGUGUCGAUGCUGGUACGAAGCCUCCCUCAGUGAUGGGAACCCGAUUAUUAUUUAUCUUCAUGGCAGCGGAAUAAACAGGGCGGCUUGUGAAAGAAUUAAGCUGACACAGGUGCUGAGUGAUGGCGGCUUCCAUGUGUUGUCUGUGGACUACAGAGGAUUUGGGGAUUCUACAGGUACACCCACGGAGGAGGGACUAACCACAGACAUUGUUUGUGUCUAUGAAUGGACCAAGGCAAGAAGUGGUAGAACUCCUGUGUGUCUGUGGGGCCAUUCUCUGGGAUCAGCAGUUGCAACAAAUGCUGCGAGAGUCCUAGAGGCAAAAGGAUGUCCAGUUGAUGCUCUUAUCUUAGAAUCUCCAUUUACCAACAUGUGGGUGGCGACUAUCAAUUAUCCCUUGGUAAAGAUUUACUGGAAGCUUCCAGGAUGUUUACGAACGUUUGUGGAUGCCCUUAAAGAAGAGAAAAUUGUCUUCCCUAACGAUGAAAAUGUGAAGUUUCUGUCCUCCCCGCUUCUCAUCUUGCACGGUGAAGACGACAGGAAGGUGCCUCUGGAGUUCGGGAAGCAGCUCUAUGAAAUUGCACGCAGUGCCUACAGGAACAAAGACAGGGUCAAAAUGGUCAUCUUUCCUCCUGGCUUCCAUCACGACUUUCUCUUUAAGAGCCCCGCGCUGAUAAGUACGGUGAGAGACUUCCUGAGUCAGCAGUGGGCAUGAAGGCUGGGACCAGCAGAAAUUUCCAGUGAAGAUGUGGUACAAACCUCACCUGAGGCUGGGUGGUUUCUUUAUGCAAAAUUGUGCUGGGCUGCUUGGAUGAGCUGAAGCCACUGAGACUUUCACAGGUCACCUGGCACUUGAAUAAACAAAGCUGUAUGG